AUGCUCCACGGAGAGGAAGACCCGGAUCUGACUGAGAUCCGCUCCUCGACCAAGGACAAGGUCGACUUCCACGACCCCCGCGCUGUCAGACAGCUGACGGCGUCGCUGCUGAGACGAGACUUCGACCUCACUGUCGACCUUCCGCCCGACAGGCUGUGCCCUCCCACAUCCCGAUAUCUCUACGUCCGCUGGAUCCAGGACUUGGUCGAGUCAAUUAACCCGUCUUAUUUUGAUGAUUUUGAUAUCACAGCCGACUCGCUACCUCCGAACCCGCACAAGGAUCGCCAGGCGAACGGCUUCUCGGCACGCUGUCAUGUCAUGAAGACGAAGCGCGAUGGUCCUCUGAUUCCGCUGGCGGCACUUGAACUCGACCAGCUCGACUUCACCAUCUGCAAUCCCCCUUUCUUCUCGUCCGUUGCCGAAUGGAAGGCCUCCAUCUCCGGAGAAGGUAAGACCAAAGGCCCGAAUUCCGUCUGCACCGGCUCCGAGGUGGAGAUGGUAACAGAAGGGGGCGACCUGGGCUUCGUGCUACGAAUGGUUGAAGAAAGCCGCGUGCUUGGACAAAAGGUCGCGUGGUACACGUCAAUGCUUGGGAAACUAUCAAGCACCAUCAAGCUAGUAGAGAAACUCCGGGAGCUUGGCUGCAGAAACUGGGCCGAAAUCGCUCGGCGGGAUAUGAACAUCAAACACAUCCUUCCGUUGCCGACAGACUACAAGCUCCCCAUCUCCGAUAUACCGAUGGAGCGGUUUGCAAAAGCAAUCGACGAGACGAUGCACAAUCUGGCGCUUCAGUGGAAAUGGAACGAGGAGCUACGCCUCGGAUACGGUAGAGCAACGAAGAACGUCUGGUCACGAUCUGCGCGGAGGAAGAGGAAAAGGGAAGAGGGAGGAAAGCAAGCGACUCUGGAGAAAGAUGUGGAACUCAAGGAUGAAAGUGAUAAUGAGAUUGCGUUGGGGUUCGAAAUAAGUGUUCAGACUGACGAGCUCCUCAUAAGAUGGGUUCAGGGGCAGGACCAGGUGCUAUUCGAGAGUUUCUGCGGCAUGAUGAAGCAGACACUGCAGCCCAUGCUCGCCAAGCCCCAGAAAGAAAAGAAUGUCAAAGAGGAACAAUGA